AUGGCAACAUACUCGGGUUUCGCGCAUCUUCAAUCGAGGGCAGUCAAUUCGACUGUAUACGCAGGCGAUAAUAGCUUUGGCCCCUUUUUCGAGCUUCCUGGCAGUGCAACGUUUGAUUUCACUCUUCUUUUCGAGGAGACAAUCUUAUCAAUCCUACCUUCGGCUGUAUUGCUGCUUUUAAUACCCCCAAGGAUCUUACAGUUAUGGAAGACGCCCCACAAAGUCAUUAGCAGUUAUCUUCUGACGACCAAGAUUGUUAUUCUUGCCGUCUUCAGUAUUCUACAAGUCGCCAAUGUUAUUGAAGUGUCACAAUCAUCACUUCAAACUCGUGCUUCACUUGCUGCUGCCCUACUUGCACUGGUAGCCACCCUCGGUCUAGCCAUUCUGUCAUAUGUCGAGCACAGUAAAAACGUCCGACCAAGCUCAAUUAUCAAUGCCUAUCUUCUUCUUACGGUACUAUUUGAUGCUGCACAACUUCGUACGCGGUGGCUACGUGGAGACAACUUUGCUGGGAAUGGUAUUGCGUCGUCUAUUCUUGCCGUGAAGCUUUUUGUUCUCAUAUCCGAAGCGACGGAUAAGACGAAAAUAUUAUUUACACCAUAUGCCGACUGUUCUCCAGAGAACACCAGUGGCCUCUAUUCUCGUGGGCUCUUCUGGUGGCUAAAUCCGCUCUUUCGACUGGGAUUCAGAAAUGUUGUCAAUGACGAUGAUCUGUUUGCAGCUGAUGGAGAUCUGUCAUCGAAGUCUCUUGAAAUUAGAUUCAAUAAACAUUGGGCACAUCGCAGUAAAUAUCCCGGAAAGCACACGCUAGUAUGGGUCAUGUUCCGCAUGAUGCUGAAGCCCCUCACAGCUUCCGUGCUACCACGCCUGGCGUUGACAUUCUUUCGAUUCAUGCAGCCCCUACUUAUUAACAGCAUCACCAAGCUUGUGAGAGACCCUGAUUCCGAAUCCGCGACUAACCGUGGCUGGGGCCUGACGGCUGCUUUUGGACUUGUCUACAUUGGCCUGGCUGUGACUGGCGGUGCUUACCAGCAUAAGGCAAACAGAAUGACAACAAUGGUCAGAGGCUCACUUGUGAACGCUAUCUAUUCACAAACCUUAGACCUAUCAGUUACCAGCCUAGAUGAAUCAGCUGCCGUUACUCUGAUGUCCUUGGACGUUGAACGAAUCUGCACUGCUGUUCAACCAAUACAUAAUAUAUGGUCGAGCCCUCUGGAAAUUACUUUGGCAAUCUGGCUAUUACAGAAGGAGAUUGGUAUCGCUCUCUUGGGCCCUUUAUUCAUAACAGCCUUGGCAAUAUCCGGCCCGUUUCUAAUCUCACGGCACAUGGGAAAGGCUCAAAAGGCGUGGAUCGAAAGAGUUCAGACCAGGAUUGAUACUACUGCAAAAAUGCUGCAGGCAAUGAAGGGCGUCAAAAUGCUCGGUCUCAACUCCAAAAUGUCCAGCAUCAUCUACAAGCUCAGACUAGAUGAAAUUGCCGAGUCUCUGAAAAUGAGAAAGCUGUUCGUCGUCAUGCUUGCCUUCGGUAAUAUGUCCGAUAUCUUCGCCCCAGGAGCUGCUUUUGCUAUCUACGUGAUAGUAGCCAAUAGUAACGGACAAACACUUGAUGUAUCCUCGGCAUUCACAGCGCUCUCACUUAUUGCACUGCUGGUUGCACCAAUCCGCGCCAUUGUGUUUUCAAUUCCACCACUAAUAGCAGCUAUUGGCUGUUUUAAUCGGAUCGAGGCAUUCAUUUCCUCACCGACCAAAAGGGAUCAUCGGAUGCCUUUACAGGGCCAGCCAAGUAGAGUGACUAUAUUGGAUACAUUUGCUAUGGACACAACCACUGGUCGUGAUAUCGAGUUGGGGGAUUUCAUGCCGCAGACAAACGUGAAUAGGUCGUCAGCCAUCAUCAGUGUUAAAAAUUUGACGCUUGCUUGGUCCGACGAGGGCAGUCCUGUCAUCGACGAUGUUUCUUUUAAUGUUCAGCCAGGCAAUCUAACGAUGAUUGUGGGCCCCGUCGGAUGUGGCAAGUCUAGCCUCCUCCGAGGAUUACUUGGAGAAAUUCCAUCAUCAAAGGGAAAUGUUUACAUUGACCGAGAACAUGCUUCAUUUGUUGAUCAGGUCCCCUGGAUCCAAAAUAGCAGUGUUCGGAGCAACAUCAUUGGAGUCUCUAUUUUUGAGCCAGAAUGGUAUUCAACUGUUGUCCAUGCAUGCGCCUUUGACACAGAUAUCGAAACACUUCCAGAGGAAGAUCGUACCAAAGCAGGCUCAGCUGGGGCAGCAUUAUCUGGAGGCCAACGGUUGCGCAUAGCGCUUGCUCGGGCAGUUUAUUCUCGACAACAAUUAUUGAUAUUAGACGAUGUCUUCAGCGGACUUGAUGCCAUAAGUGAGGAUCGAAUUUUCUCACGCCUACUUGGAAAGAGUGGGUUACUUCGUCGACUUGGUACAACUGUCAUAUUGGUCACACACGCCGCUCAUCGCCUAUCCUAUGCUGAUAACAUCAUCGCACUUACGAAUCAAGGUACGAUUUCGGAACAAGGAAAAUUUGGAGACCUUAUGGCGGCUAGUGGGUACGUUGCCAGUCUUGCGGCGCGACAUAUAUCAGAAGACAGUGAUGCUCCUCAAGAAGAAGCAGCUAUCGCGAAGGCAAAGAUUAGUGAUGAUACAGCUCGACAAAAUGCUGCAGAUGACAUUCAUCGCCCCAUUGGAAACUGGGCCACGUAUAAAUAUUACUUCACGAGCGCCGGGUGGCGAAAUGUUGGCAUAUGGACUGGUUUGAUGAUUUGCUAUUCUAUGCUUCUGCAAUUCCCAGAUCUCUGGGUCAAGUUCUGGACGAGUAGCAUUGCUGUCCACGGCAACUCGGUCAACGGCCUUUACCUGGGCGUACUUCUUGCGGGAGAAUUCAUUGCCAUGGCUACUCUCAUGAUAUUAACCGGCAUGCUCUUUAUCAUCAUGAUACCCCGUUCCGCAACCCAUCUCCAUGGAAAGCUACUCGAUACCAUUGAAAACGCUCCACUAUAUUUUUUUACCUCUACAGACGCAGGGCAGAUUGUCAACAGGUUCAGCCAGGACCUGUCGGUCAUCGAUGCAGAACUUCCUAUUGCUGCGUUGAUACUAGCAAACAACUUCUUCAUGGCGAUCAUACAGGCGAUAUUUGUCUGUGUUUCGGCAUCAUACUUUUCCAUUGUAUUGCCGUUUGUGUUGUUCUUGAUGUACAUGUUGCAAAAGUUCUAUUUGCGCACAUCACGCCAAAUCAGACUGAUGGACCUCGAAUCCAAGGCGCCGCUCUACAGCAACUUCCUAGAGACUCUGAAUGGACUGGUCACCAUUCGAGCAUUUGGAUGGACUAAGGAUAUGGAGAAACGAAAUAUGGCUUUUCUGAAUGCAUCACAAAGACCGUUUUACCUUCUCUUUUGCAUUCAGAGAUGGCUGAUGCUAGUGAUCGACCUGCUCGUGGCAGCGCUCGCUGUCAUUCUGGUGGCAUUGAUAGUACAGUUUCGCCACAGUGCUGAUGCUGGUUUUGUCGGAUUGGCACUUAUAAACAUCAUGUCGUUCAACAUGACUUUGUCGGCACUCAUCAUACACUGGACCGCAACUGAAACUUCGUUAGGUGCUGUUUCUCGAAUAAAGUCGUUCGUUGACAGUACUCGUUCUGAGAAUCUACCAAUGGAAUCUCAGGAUGUACGGCCAGAAUGGCCAUCAGAGGGCAGUAUCAUUCUCUCGGUUAUCUCCGCCUCUUACGCACUUGACCAACAACCGGCUCUCCAUAAUAUCAGUCUGAAAAUCCCCGCUGGUCAUAAAAUUGGGGUUUGUGGGCCAUCUGGCUCUGGCAAAUCCUCUUUUAUAGCUCUACUUCUUCAUAUGCUCGAAAUCAACAAUGGGUCAGUUACGAUCGACGGAGUCGAUCUGUCAACAAUCCCGCGAAAGGUUCUUAGAAACCGCCUCGAAGUAAUACCCCAAGAGCCGGUAUUUCUCAAAGGCACUAUCAGACAAAACAUCGACCCCCUAAACCUUGCGGAAAACAACUCUGCUGUCGAGGAGGCCCUAAAAACGGUUGGAUUGUGGUCAAUAGUUGCAGAUGCCGGUGGCCUAGAUGUGCCGAUGGAAGCAGAAGAUCUACUAUCCCAUGGACAACGCCAGCUAUUCUGUCUCGCACGAGCCAUGCUGAGGCCUUCCAAAAUCCUUCUUAUCGAUGAAGCAACGGCGAGCGUCGAUCUACAGACCGACAGACUCAUGCAGAAGAUCAUCUCGGAUCAUUUCACUGACUGUACCGUCAUUGCUGUAGCUCACAGGUUAGAGACCAUCAGAAAUUUUGAUAAGGUCGUAGUGUUUGAGAAUGGACGAGCUGUGGAGUAUGGCGAGCCAGAUGCGCUUCUUGCAGAUGAAGGUAGCAAAUUUAAAGCGUUGUGGGGCUCAUAAAAUGUGAUGUAUUGCAGUGGACUAUAGGCAUCAUUAGAGGGUAAAUACUGUUCAGGGCAUCUAGG